CACCCAAGAACUAUCAUGGUGGAUGGGCGGAGCGACGACGGAAGGACGACGAGAUAAACCCGCUCUGAGCGCGUCGGGGCAGGGGAAUAAAAAUAUUGAAAAGCACCACCGCCGCGUUCACCGGCACGUUUUCUGUGUCACCGCUUCGACAACGAGAGGGAGCCCAGCCCAGGAUGAACGGUGAGUCAGGCGUCGGCGUGGUGACGGCCCCACCGCCCACCACGGCCCCUCACAAGGAGCGCUACUUCGACCGGGUGGACGAGAGCAGCCCGGAGUACCAACGGGAACGGAACAUGGCGCCCGACCUGCGACAGGACUUCAAUAUGAUGGAGCAGAGGAAGCGGGUCUCCAUGAUACUACAGAGCCCGGCCUUCUGCGAGGAGCUGGAGACCAUGAUCCAGGACCAGCUAAAGAAGGGGAAGACACCCACGAGCCUGUUGGCUCUGCAGCAGAUCGCAGACUUCAUGAGCACCAGCAUGCCUUCCAUGUAUCCCGCUGCACCACAAGGAGGCAUGGCAGCGCUCAACAUGAGUCUGGGCAUGGUGACUCCGGUCAACGAUCUACGUGGCUCAGACUCCAUCUCGUACGACAAAGGCGAGAAGCAGAUUCGUUGCAAGCUGGCGGCCUUUUAUCGGCUCACGGACCUGUUCGGCUGGUCCGAGCUCAUCUACAACCACCUCACCGUCCGGGUGAACUCUGAACAGGAUCGCUUCCUCGUCGUCCCCUUCGGGCUCCUGUUCAGUGAAGUGACCGCCUCCAGUCUGGUGAAGAUAAACCUUCAGGGUGAGAUAGUGGACCGGGGCAGCACCAACCUGGGGGUCAACCAGGCCGGCUUCGUCCUCCACUCUGCCAUCUACGCCUCUCGCCCUGAUGUCAAAUGCAUCGUACACGUGCACACGCAUGCGGGAGCUGCGGUGUCUGCCAUGAAGUGCGGCCUGUUGCCCAUCUCGCCCGAGGCCCUGUCUCUCGGCGAGGUGGCCUACCACGACUAUCACGGCAUCCUGGUGGACGACGAAGAGAUCACUCUCAUACAGAGGAACCUCGGGCCCAACAGCAAGGUGAUGAUCCUGAGGAACCACGGACUGUUGUCUGUCGGCGAAACGGUGGAGGAAGCUUUUUAUUACAUCCACAACCUGGUCACCGCCUGUGAGAUCCAGGUGCGAACACUGGCCAGCGCUGGAGGACCUGAUAAUCUGGUGAUGCUGGACCCCGGCAAAUACAAGUCCCGCCCACGGGUCCCUGAGCCAGCUGGUGACGGGUCCUCUGCACACCCUAAGUGGCAAAUCGGGGAGCAGGAGUUUGAGGCUCUCAUGAGAAUGCUGGACAACUUGGGCUACAGGACGGGCUACCCUUACCGCUGCCCCGCAUUGCGGGACAAAGCUAAAAAGUACAGUGACGUGGAGAGUGCUCCCUCUAUCCACGGUGGUUACUCUUAUGGGGAGGACAGUGACUCAGGUGCUCGCUCCCCGCUCAAACACAGCUUUCAGCGCGGCCAGCGCGACAAGACCCGCUGGCUCAAUGCCGGUGGCCGUCCUGACGAGCCCUACGAGGACGGGCCCGACGGAAGCAGCCCCAAGUCGAAGCCUAAGGUGUGGACGAACAUAACACACGAUCACGUCAAACCCUUGCUGCAGUCUCUCUCGUCCGGUGUCUGCGUGCCAAGCUGUAUAACCAACUGCUUGUGGACAAAGGAAGACGGACUCCGCCAGGCUGCCGCAGCCAAUCAGUUCAUCCCAAUGAACACCAAUCCAAAGGAAGUCCUGGAGAUGCGGAAUAAGAUCCGGGAGCAGAACCUGCAGGACAUUAAGACGGCUGGGCCCCAGUCUCAGGUUCUGUGUGCCAGCACUGUGGUGGAACGCACCUUUACCCAGAGAUUGUCGAUCUGGCAGGACGCCCCUCUGUCUGACUGUACAGACACUAUUGAUGGCCUCGAUGGGUCCGAGGGCUCCUAUAGUCCCGCUAAAUCAAUUAGAAAGGGGGAGCUCAUCACCGCGUCAAAGGCCAUCAUCGAGAAGGAGUACCAGCCCAAGGUGAUCGUCAGCAAGCAGGGUCCCAACCCCUUCACCAAACUCACUGACCAGGAGCUGGAGGAGUACCGCAGAGAGGUGGAGCAGAAGCACAAAGGGACCGAAGCACAGGUACGAGGUGGCAGUGGGGAGGGAUCGUCCUCCACCACAUCCUGCCUUGAACCUGCGCUGGUACCGGGGGGUCAGGCUCCCGUCUCCGCUCCGCUCCAGUCCAGCAGUGACCCGCCCGUCUUGGAGAAGCCUCCUCCGCCCCCAGCCGCCAGGCCUGCCACGCCCGCGUCUGAGCAGGGCGGGGCCGAUGACGUUUUUUUGCCCGCGGACGAGGCCUCUGUCGCCCCCGGCUCCCCUCAGGAGUUCCACAGCGCUGUGUUGCGAGCGCUCAGCAAGGAGCCGUCGGUGGUAGAGGCGUCUAAGACCGGUCAGGCUCCAGAUCUGGACCAGCUAGCAGAGCCUGAGGAGGAGCCUAAAGGCCAGAAGCCCACCACCACGCCCCCCAGCACCCCAGUCAGAGCAGAGGAAGAGUCUUUGCCAGAACCAACUUUUAAAGAUGAGAGUGACGCCGCCACCCUGAGACAGACCCUCCCAGACUUAACACCCGACGACCCGUCUGACGUCCCAGCGCUUCCCGGCGAGGACUCUGCCUCCCCCCCCACCACCGCCGCCGCCGACGGGGAGGAAGCCGCUGACGCUGGCGAACAGGAGGGCGACGAGUCUCCCAGUAAAUCCCCCUCCAAAAAGAAAAAGAAGUUUCGCACUCCUUCUUUCCUAAAGAAAAACAAGAAAAAGUCUGAGUCCUAGAUUAGGGAAUGUCUGUUUGGGCCUCUGCUUCUUUUUAUUUCGGCUUUUUCUUUUUUUUUUUUUUUUUUUUCAACCAUCAUUGCAACGUUCGAUCAACCACACUUACAUACACAGUUACGCUUUUUGUUGGUUUUGAUAUUUUUUGUCGCCGGCUUAUUAACCUGUGUUUCCUCGUUAGCGUGUGCCAAUUUUGUAUACAGUGUAAAAAUGACUUACUGCAAAGGUUUUUAACUAUUGGAGGUCGUAGCUGUGGGUGCAGUCAGCUCCACUAGGCCUUUUAUGCAUGUCUAUUACUACAGGCCCGCACACUUCACGUGAGGUUUUAGGAUUCUGUUGCCCUUGUUUUUAAACAAGAGUAUUAAACUGUUGUAACCACUAGAAUGUAUUGGGAUUGUAUCACAAUGUCAAAGUGUCUUUCAAAUAAAACCAAGAAUGAAUGCAGCCAGAA